AUGAAGAUUUCAUUACUAGGACUUCCUAUGAUUAGCAUCGGCCGCAGUAGGUCGUGUGAUUUUACACUCAGUGAACCUGAUAUUUCGACUGUCCAUUGUGAACUCCGAUUAGUUGAGGUAGAUAUUGAUUGUAAACGAAAAAAAUUAUUCAAUAUAGUCGAUACUAGUAGGAAUGGCACAUUCGUCAAUGGUAAUAGGCUGGUCAAGAAGGACUAUUUACUUAAAAAUGGCGAUAGGCUAGUACUUGGGAAGAGCUGCUCAUUUUUGUUUAAAUACACAACAGAUAACUAUGGAGCAUCUCCAGAUUCAAAGAUUAGACCCAUCGAAGCUAAGGAAAAGAUAACUAAUAAAACUGCUACGAAUUCUAAAUUCUUGACUCCAAAGGCUGUUUCUACAAUACCAUCUAGGGGUUCAUUUUUCGAUAGAUUUAAACUUGGGAAAGAGCUGGGUACAGGUCAUUAUGCAGUAGUCAGAGAAGCUACCGAUAAAGUAACCGGGGAAAUAGCUGCAGUGAAGAUAUUUCAUCCUCAAAUGAAUGAUGAUAUGAAGAAGACCAACCAAUUUCGGGAGGAGACUAAGAUCCUGAUGAGUAUUCAUCAUGUUAAUAUUGUUAAGCUGAUAGAAAGGUAUGUAGAGCCCGUGAGCAGGACUCAGGUACAGACCUAUCUAGUUUUGGAAAAGGUUAAUGAUGGUGAAUUAUUUGAUAGGAUAGUGAGGAAAACGAAGCUGAGGCAAGAUGAAACUCGCGCAUUGUUUAAACAGCUGUUGACCGGACUGAAGUAUUUGCAUGAUCAAAACAUUAUACACAGAGAUAUUAAACCAGAAAACAUAUUGUUAAGCAUUCGUAGGAGAAUUGCAGCUAAUGAAGAACAGCUUGGGCCUUGGGACCAUCACGAAAUUGACAUAACGGUGAAGAUUGCAGAUUUCGGGUUGGCGAAGUUUAUUGGUGAAAUGCAGUUUACCAACACCCUGUGCGGUACUCCUUCAUACGUGGCCUCUGAAGUCUUGUCUAAAGAAGGCUACACCUCUAAGGUUGAUCUAUGGAGUGCUGGAGUCUUGCUGUAUGUCUGUCUAUGUGGAUUUCCUCCCUUUAGCGAGCAAUUGGCUCCCCCAUCAAUGAAAGAACAAAUAUUACAAGGAAAAUAUGCAUUUUAUUCUCCAUAUUGGGACGAUAUUGACGACUCGGCUCUAGAUUUAAUCUCCAAGUUACUAGUCGUUGAUCCAGGGAAGCGUUUUUCAGUCCUUGAUGCUAUAAAUCAUCCAUGGUUCAAGGCCAUGCCGGAUAGCUUCUCUACUAAACUACAAAGAUUGGAGAUCACCCAAGGCAGGCUGCCCAUUACUUACUCUGAAUUGUCAAGCCUUCAAAAAUAA